CCUCCGCCAUGAGAGCCGCCGCCAUCUUCCCCGAGCCGGGCCGCCUCCUCCUCCUGCUGGUGUCCUGGCUUUUUCAUCCAGCAAGAAGUGAAAUAACAAGCCUUGACAGUGGAAAUAUAGAUGAUACUUUAAACAAUGCAGAUGUUGCUUUAGUGAAUUUUUAUGCUGAUUGGUGUCGCUUUAGUCAAAUGCUGCAUCCUAUCUUUGAGGAAGCUUCCAAUGUCAUUAAGGAAGAAUUCCCAGAUAAGAAUCAAGUGGUGUUUGCCAGAGUAGAUUGUGAUCAGCACUCUGAAAUAGCCCAAAGGUACCGGAUAAGCAAGUAUCCAACUUUAAAAUUGUUCCGGAAUGGAAUGAUGAUGAAGAGAGAAUAUCGGGGUCAAAGAUCAGUGACCGCAAUAGCAGAUUAUAUACGACAACAGAAAAGCAAUCCAAUUCGAGAAGUAUUAAGUUUGGAAGAAAUUAAUUCUCAUGAUCGCAGUAAAAGAAGCAUUGUUGGAUACUUUGAACAAAAAGACUCAGACAACUACAGAACCUUUGAAAGAGUAGCAAAUAUUUUGCAUGAUGAUUGUGUCUUCCUUGCUGCAUUUGGGUCUGUUUCCAAACCAGAAAGAUUUAGUGGGGACAACGUAAUCUACAAACCACCAGGGGAAAAUGCUCCAGAUAUGGUCUACUUGGGCUCUCUGACCAAUUUUGACUUGGUUUAUGCAUGGACUCAAGAUAAAUGUGUUCCCCUCGUUCGUGAAAUUACAUUUGAGAAUGGAGAGGAAUUGACAGAAGAAGGCCUUCCUUUCCUGAUACUCUUCCAUAUAAAAGAUGAUACUGAGAGUUUAGAAAAGUUCCAGCAGGAAGUUGCACGGCAGUUGAUAAGCGAAAAAGGUUCAAUAAACUUUUUACACGCUGAUUGUGAUAAGUUCAGGCAUCCGCUUCUCCACAUUCAGAAGACUCCAGCAGAUUGUCCGGUUAUUGCUAUUGACAGUUUUAGACAUAUGUAUGUCUUCUCAGACUUCAGUGACUUGGCCGUUCCAGGUAAACUCAAACAAUUUGUACUAGAUUUGCACUCCGGGAAGCUGCACAGGGAGUUUCAUCAUGGCCCAGAUCCAACCGAUACAGCGCCUGGUCAGCCUCUUCAGGAUAUAGCAAGCAGCCCGCCUGAGAGUUCAUUCCAGAAACUAGCACCCAGUGAACAUAGGUAUACCUUAUUGCGGGAGAAAGAUGAACUCUGAAACUUGAAACCAUCUCACAAGCCUUUCAGGCAGCAGCAAUGACUCCUGUGGGAUGGAAAUAGGAAACCUAUAUUUUCAUAAAUUUUGUGUAUUUUUUAUUUUGAAUAUUGUUAUUUUAAUUUUUUUUUUUUUUGCUCCCUGGGGUUUGUAAAUAUGUGUGGGUCAUUUGGGGACAGCAUCUUUCCAAAGUUCUGCUGCUGCAAAUUGUUCUGUAAAACUUUUCUAUUCCAAAUGAAGGCGUUAAGAGUGCCAGUGGAGAUGCUGUUCGCUUGCACUAUUCCCCUGAAAACAGGACUCCUGGGUUUCCGUCGGUGUAAUCUGGUAGUGUGGCCACCUUAUCUUCCUCCUCCAUGUGAACAUCAUUUGGUUGUCAAUUUGUUACUGAAGGGAUAUUCUGGAUACUUGGGAGGGAGAAUAAAUUACCAUUUUACAGAAA